GCCCGGGGUCAGCUGGUCCUUUUUGGCGGCGGCACCGGGAGAGCCGCCUUCGUGUCACAUCAGUGGCUUAGCACAGACCAUCCUGACCCCGACUUCAAGCAAAUGCGAAUCCUACAAGAAGCCUUGAGAAGGCUCCUGUUCAGCUCCGGGCAUGUACCCUUAGAUGCAGUUACGGAAGGCUUGGUACCAAGUGCCAAGGCCCUUCCAACGAGUGAGUUUCAGACGGAGCCUUUAUUCAUUUGGUAUGAUUACUUCUCCUGUCCGCAGUUGGAACACCGGAAGUUUUAUGCCACCGAUCAGAGGGAUGGCAGCAACCAAGCAAACGCCAUCAACAGCAUUCCGGGCUACAUAGCCCAAUGCAAGUUCUUCCUGGCUUUGUGUCCGACUCUUGAUUGUCCCCCAGAGGCCAAGGUGUUGUCAGCCGUAAGUUGGAGUAGACGCGGCUGGUGUAGGAUUGAAAGGGCAGCACGCGAGCUGUCAAGAGAGAGCAGUUGGAUUCUUAUCCAGAGUGAUUCUGCGAUCGAAGUGGUGGGCACCGCAGUUUCUUUUGUGCCUGGUUGCGUGGGCGAAGCAGAGUUCACAGUUGCAGAAGAUAAGGCUCGGCUUGCACCGGUCAUGCGCAAGAUCGUCAUGCAGAAGCUUAAGCACUGCCUCCGCACGGGUGAUUUGCCCACCUUCCGGCGCCACUUCAACCUGCAGAGCGUGCACCUGCGAGGCUUAGAGACGACUAGGCCCAUUUGCCUUCUUCCUAGCCAGGAUACGCAAGGUCCUGAUGGCCAGGCAGUGACAGAGUUCCUUCACCAGAAUGGCUUCAGGAGUGUUGGUGAAGUUGACAGUGCGGGGUGGCGGCCGCUUCACUACGCAGCACUGGCUGGGAGCGUGGAGGUGCUUGAAGCCCUCUUGGAGUUAAGGGCUGAUGUGAGGCGUCGCACCUCCAAGGAUGAGCCUGCACUGGGCUUACCGCCUUGGAUGUCGGCACUGGACCUGGCAGUCUGCUACAAGCACCACGAGACAACUCGGCUACUCCUAGCGGCAAGAGCCCACUUGGAGGGUGGAACUGCUCCAGCCAUGCAUUACGCAGCCAUCUCCAACAAUGCGGAAGGUGUCCGGCUGCUCUGCGCUGCAGGCGGCAGACCGCUGGCUCAGAACCUAUUGGGGUUCACGGCCUUGCAGGCUGCAGCCACUUAUGCAGCAAUGGAAGCGGUAGAGAUGCUGGUGCAGGAUGUUCAGGGCUGCCCAGCGCUCGAGCUAUCGCGGGCGCUUUGGGGUGCUGCAGCUUUUCGAGGUGGCUCCGCAGAACUGGUGCGCCGACUGCUUAACUUGCGCGCCGACGUCAACUUCCAGUUCAGCGUGCCUCGCGACUUGAGACCACUGGGACGGAUUUUCUGCGCAACGAAGUCCCUGCAACACCGGCUUGGCUGGGCCACUCUUCAAACGCAAUUUUUCUACCAUCAGAACGGCAGCACGCCCCUGAUGCAGUCCAUCCAGACGGCGCAAUGGGAAGCUGCAGCUGCCCUAAUUGCAGCGGGUGCUCGAAUUGAUUUACGCAACACUCGCAACCGAGCCGCGGCCGACUUUGCCCGGGGACAGUCCAUCCCGUACUACCUGCAGAUGGGUCUUGAUGGAGACGCAGCUCAGUGUAGCAGGGUGUCUUCGCUUGCGCUGGCCGAUGGCUACGUGGAGGUGUAUAUGCAGCUUGGUGCUGUUUGUGAGGUCUUCCUGAGCUUGCGCAUGAAGUCGUGCGUUUUGUAUCAGACUUUUGAGUUGGAUGCU